GCUUAACAACUCGCAUACUUUGCGUUUUUCACGGUUUGACUUGUUUUCCUUUUCUCUCGGCAAUGAUGUCAUUUAAAAGAGCAAGACUUAACGUCACUGUCAUCCAGGGAUGCUCUAACUGCGCGUAGGGGGUGUUGAAAAAGGUCAAACAUUUGCUUUGAAAGCAGGGGAAUAUGGAUCAAAGUGGUGUCGACAGCGUUAUCAGCAAUGAAGCGGAGAAUGAAUGGAACAGUAACUGUACUAAAGACGAAUGCAAUCUGCUCAGGACCUGUCUGGUUUGCAAAUUGGAGUUUACAAAUCGCGAGCCCAGAUUGCUGCCUUGCCUUCAUACGUUCUGUAAAGAUUGUGUGCCGACUCGAAUCCGCAGCCUCUGCCCCAGCCCCAUCACCGUAGCCUGCCAGGAGAGGAGUAAUGAAGAAGGCAUUAUCUGUUGCCCUGCUUGCAGGCAGACGUGUUUGACAAGCGAUGUAGUGGAGAAUGUCUUCAUCAGAGACUAUCCCCAAGUAACUCAGAAGAUGGAAAAGCACUGCUCAAACUGUGAAGCAAAGAAACCAGCCCUCAAUUUCUGUCCAGACUGCAAUAAGUGGCUCUGUAGUACAUGCUCAGAAGAACAUGUGCAUGGGAAGGAUACAAAGCAUCAUAAAUUGUCCACCCCAGAGCGUACAGCAGGUGAGGAGAGUGAGGUCAAUGAGUUUCCACUCUUUUGUCCGCUUCACAGUAAAGAACCACUGAAGCUGUUUUGUGAGACCUGUGAUGUGCUGGCCUGCUGGAAUUGCCAGCUAACACAACACAAAGGCCAUAGUUUCAAAUAUCUAGAAGAUGCUUUACAAAAUCAGAAGAUGAUUUUGGAGGAGUUGACACUGAAAAUGGAAGAGAAAAAAGUCAGCAUCCAGAGCUCAGCAAAACAAGUGCAGGACAGGUUGAAUGAAGUAAAGCAAAUGCGGAUGAAGAUUGAAAAUCAGAUUAAGAUGGCAAAAAUGAUCAUGAUGAAUGAACUAAAUAAACGAGUGAAUGUUCUCAUGGACCAGCUGGAGAGAAUAACAAAUGAACGAAAGCACAAACUGGAGCACCAGCUUCAAGCAGUGAUGGAUUUGUGCAAGCACUUAGAGCAUGUAUUGAACUUCAUUAAUUGGGCAGUUUCUAAGAAGAACGAUAUCCCAUUUUUAUUCAGCAAGGAACUGAUCCUGUUUCAGAUGCGCCGGUUGCUGGAAACACAGUGCAAUGUAGAUUUAGGUCCUUCCAAGAUUCAGUUUCGCUGGGACUCUGCCACAUGGAGUAAGCAGCUCUCUACUUUAGGCCAUUUGUCGUUUGAUUGUGAAAAUGCAAUUCACCAGGAAUGCCAGCCCUCCUUCCAUCAACAGGCAUCACCAGCACCAUGUGACAUUGCAACUCAUGGAACAGGUUUACAGCAAUCUCUUCUGUGCCAGAACCCUGGCCAACAAUAUUCAGUCUGUAACAAUCAUUGUCCAGACCUACAUCCACUUCACAAAGAGCACGAGGCCUUAAACUGUUUGCAGCAUCAUCAAAGUUUGGGCCAAAUUCCGGGACAUUUGCAGCAUCAGCUCCAGUUGCAGUACAGUAGCAUGCACCAGAGCCAGCCUCAACAGAAAUAUUUUCCACAUCCAUUGCCAGUACAGCCAAUACCAACUUUGCAGCAAUGGCAUGUAGCUCAGACUGGACUUGAGCAGAGCCCAGUUUUGAUAGGGCAUUUACAAGCACAACACCUGCAUCAAAGUUUGCAUCCAGCAUAUACCAUGCAGCAACAAAGGAGCAUGAAACCAGUGCAUGUGGUGGCCUUGCAGCAACAAAAACAGCUUGUGCACCAACCACAACCACAGAAACAGCGCUGCCAAAUACAGCAUUUGAAGCAUCUGAAGCAGUCAGCGUUGCAACCCUAUCCUUUAAAGCAGCAACUACAGCUACAACAAAUUCAACAGCAACCAUCUGUGGAAGAAGCACAGGGCAAAUCCCAUCCAGAGAAAACAGGCCAACGGAGCACAGUGACAAAACAAACAUGUCAACCAGAUCAAAUGCCAAUGAGCUUUAAGGAUCUCUUAGAAAAACCGGACCAAUUUAACCAAACCACACAGCAUGUGCAGGAUACUAAUUUGGCACAGAAUUCCAUUGUGAGACAACCUGACCAAAAAAAACAAGAAAUGUCAAUUGAACUACAGCACCUUGGUCUUCAAAGAGUGGUGGUAAACGAUCGGGAUCAGCAGACUGGACUAGGCCAUCAGAGUGAUGAUAACCAGUUGCACAAUCAUCUUAAUACGGAGGAACGUCAGUUUGUAAAUUGUCACAGAAAAAGCACCAUCCCUCUCCAACCACUGGAUUUAUUGGGAAUACGUAACACAAUUGGGAAGCAAUCAACCGCCACUAGGUCAUCAACACAAAAGAAGUCUUCAGCUGCUUUGAAAAAAAGGAGCAAGCGUUCUGCUUCAGAAAAAUCCGCACCACCAGUGGAUGAGGAUUCUUCCCAACUUGCACCUUCCCUAAUUGAAUUGCAAUCCCAAUCAACUGUGCACCAAUCGGAUGGUGGCAAUCAGGAUCUUCUGGCAGAGAACAUAAUAGUAAAUGGGGAACCAAAGGGCACAGAGUAUAAGCCUGAAGACAGUAACACCACAUUACCAAAGGAAUCCAUGGAAAUUGAACCAGUCCCUUUCGAAGAGAAUGGUUUCAAAGAACCGAUGAACCUUUCUGUUAACGUUGGAUACCCUGCAAUUAAUGGAUCUCGUGAUUCGACAAUGGACUCAUUGAAUGGAGCACCACCUGACAAGGCAAACACCAGGAUUCAGAUUGAUGGGGUGAAAGUCCCUUAUGUGCGAUUAGAGCGAUUACCGAUCUGUGCACCAUCCACUGGCCAGCUCCCUGUCUUCAAACUGCAGCCUGAUGUUGAUGAAGAUGAAAGCAAGCUCCUUUUGAAUGACAGUCAGACCACACACACUGCAACAAGGAACAUUACACUGGACAACACACUGACUCCACCAAACUCAAACCCCCCUCCAUCCCAACAAAGUGAGCUGGAUGACACACCAGUUACUUCUGACCUGCAUCCUGAUGUUGUAGCAUCCCCAUCUCCUUCAGAAAACAAACCUUCUGAAAAUUCUGAUGGAGGAACAUCGCCUCUGACAACCCCAAUUGUAGCAGGUGCUACCGACGACAAUGAGGAUUACUGUGCAGUCUGUUUGAAUGGCGGCGAGCUGCUAUGUUGUGAUCGAUGUCCGAAGGUGUUUCAUCUUGGCUGCCAUGUACCUUCUCUGCUGAGCUUCCCAAUGGGUGAGUGGUUGUGUACAUUGUGUCGGGAUGUAGUGAUGCCAGAAGUGGAAUAUGAUUGUGAAAAUACACGGCAUAUCAAUGAAAAUCGGGGCAUAAGAACAUUACAGGGUCUAUCCAUCAGUGACCAAAGGAAAUGUGAGAAGCUGGCAUUGCACCUUUACUGCCAUCCGCUAAGCCUGCCAUUCCAUGAGCCCGUCAGUCCACUGGCACGUCACUACUACCAGAUUAUCAAAAGGCCAAUGGAUCUUUCUACUGUCAGGGCGAAACUUCAAAAAAAGAGUCCCCUCCAUUACUACACACCAGAAGAGUUUAUUUCUGACAUUCAUCUUAUGCUUCUGAAUUGUGCAAAAUUUAAUUAUCCAGAUUCAGAGGUGGCCCAAGCUGGGAGAAGCUUAGAAGCAUGCUUUGAUGAAAAUCUAAAAGAAAUCUAUCCUGACAAGAGCUUGACAGGAACAACCCAGGAAGAUUCUGAUUUUGAAGAGAUUGAUAAUGAAAGUGGCACGGUUACUAUCAAUGGAUUUACUUGGCCAACAGAAGAAAAGGAGCAUGUGAAGCCAAAGAGAAGACGUAGGCAUGGUGGAAGCCACAGCCAUAAGGACAAUAGACUGUAAAAGGCAUUCCCAGCCGAAUGUAUAAAUGUGGUGAAAUGUUGAUUGAUUUUUCUUUUUAUUUUCUAUUUUAGUAAGGAAAUUGCCCUUUCAUUCAUUUUCUUUUUAAAUUUGAGUUUUCUAUGAUUUUGAACCUCUCAGGAAUGUGGAUAUCAGUUUCCCUGAAGUAAAACAGUAAAUGACACUUACCAGUUCCUUUCAUAGUUUGUUAGAAAGUGAUUACACUGGAUGAGAUUGGAUGUGGUGAAUUAUAGACCCAUCUUUUGGGUGAAAGAUUUGUAAACCUUGCCUAAGUUUGCAUCACUGCUGGGCAAGAGAAGAGUUAUAAAACAGCAUUAUUGCUGAUAUUCUCUGCAAGUUAUGGACCAUUACUCCAGUUAACUUAGCUGGUUAGCUUCUGAUAUAUUUGUGGAAUGAAGACAGUAAAAUGAUCUAUUCCGUUUUUUGGCGUAAUUGAAAGCCUGUGCAAGGGAAAUUAUAUUCAGGAUUGGAUUUCCAUUGGAGUCUCCAAUUCUCAACUUCAACUUUGCUGGAAGAUUUGAAGGGACCCUCUAAGAAAUAGCAUAAAUGGUGAACCCCUGCAGAAAUUUCACCCUCAGUUAGUAGAAUGUGAGUUUUGUUUUUUAAUGAAAUAUUUAACUUAUGAUAUUCCUGUCAGGAUAUCAUUUGGAUUGUAUCUUGUCCUGUAGUGAGUUCCUUGAGGAAUAUCAAUUUGUCUAAUUUUCAGUAUUAAUUGUUACAAAUUAGAACAAGACAUGUUGCCUCCCUGAGUGUAGUGGUGGUUGAAUCACUAUUGGUAUAUUUUGGGAUGGAUUUUAUUUUUCUAUUAACUGUUGAAGAGAAGCUUGUCAACUGCACAUUUUUUAAAUUCAGUUUGUUGUUAAUCUGCAGAGAUUUUGAUUGUAAAGCUUUUAUGAAUUUUAUUGGUUCACAAAUGCUCAAAUUGUCAACCACUGAAUUGCUGUCAGAGGCCGCUGCCCACAGUGUGUUAUACAACCCUGUUUUUGAACAUUUUAUGUAUUGAUUUGAAAGGAAAACGAUGGUGAGGGGGUGAGAAACACUCAGGAGGAGCUAUUUGUGCAGGUAAUUGUAUGAUUAGGUUAUUGUCAUGAUUGUUUAUCCCUGGUCUAAGGGAGCAUUUUGACUUGUAUGAGCUAUUUUACCUCAUAGAAAAGAACUGAGGAGCAAUGCUGGCAGUUUAUCAUGUGACCUUCUAGAGUGAGAUGAAGGCCACCAGCAUGAUGGCCUGAGGCUAGUUCUUUAAAAUGAAGGCAGUAUUAGUCUUAGGUUCAUCAUUGUCAAGAGCAAAAUAGCCAUACAUGUCCAACUCAAUACCAUUAUUUGAAUGUGAGACUUUCUAUUAGAUUACUGUUAAAGUAAUGGGAGGAAAAAUUGUUGUAAAAUAAAUACAAGAGCAGUACUUAUUUGACAAAUAUAGAAUAGAAAUGUCUUCACUGUUAUUGCUGUUAAUGCUGAUUGCCCACCCUUCAAUGAAAAUUAAGCAUUUAAACAUUGUACAAGACAGAUGCAUAAAUUGUCAGCAGGUUAUAAGUAAAUUGUAAAAGUACUGUGUUCAAUCCAUUCUUAUUACUACUAUAAUAAAGCCUGUUAACAUAGCUGAAUAAAGUUUUUAAAAAUCA